AUGCGGUACAGGGGUGCACGAUUGGGCUAUAGACCGGUGCUGAAGAGAAGUUAUAACUAUCUUUAUAAUUUUGCAACUAAUUUCACAGCAGGUGGUAAUCUGGCUUUUUGGACAAGCUUCUUGGUUACCUGCCUCUUCACAUUUAUCACAGCUGCCGUGAUAGCUGAGAUAUGUUCAUCUUUGCCUCUUGCUGGGUCUAUCUACCUAUGGGCUGCAGAGGCUGGGUUUCAUCGUUGCAUGGUGGAGCACGACUGCAUGGACAACUUUUUGCGCUACAAUACCCAGGGGGCAGUCAAUUACAUGCCUUCGCUUCCCAAAGCCUGCUUGGAGCUUGGGCUGUUUCAGGCCAUUUCAGUCGUUUGGAAUGCCUGGGUUGUUGCGGUUCUGUAUUCGCCAUACAUCUUCCCCAUCUCAGCUAGCACACUGAAUUAUGCCCCGGUGAUUAUGGCCAUCGUCACAGUAUUUGCGCUCAUCUCGUGGUGGAUCAUUCCAGCAGAGAACUGGCUCCCUAACAAAAGUAUCCAGCAUAUGCUGGACGCAGACGACACGGCGCGAAGCUCUGAUUCGGCUUGA